CUGCGACCUUGACCUCCCAGAUAGAAAGUUCAAAGGCAGGGCUGAUGUGAUGAGUACCGAUUCGAUCAUCUCUAGUUAAUCAAAUUCACCAGACAGAGGAGUUUCAUUUUCAUUUUAUGUAAGGCUGCCUCCAAUUCCAAUUCCAUCUGUAGUUAGUUCAGUUUAGUUUAGUCUGCAUGAUCAUGAUUGUUUCUAUAUUCGACAAUUUAAGAUUGAAUGGAGAGGAGAGAGAAGCAGAGAAUUGAAAGAGCAGAGAGAGUGAAAAGGAGAGAGAGGCAGAGAAAUUACAGUGACAAAGACGAUGACUUUUUUGAUUCUCUACCGGACUCUCUCCUCAUCCACAUCCUCUCCUAUCUCCCAACUCGAGACUCCAUCAUCACAAGCACUUUGUCAAGAAGGUGGAGGUAUCUCUGGACUCUCAUCCCAUUCGACUUCUCCAAGUCCAAGGGCCUGCCAACGGCUGUUGUCGUCAACUUGAAUCAGGGUUCUGCUGUCAACUCCAUGGAUUUUCAUCCAUCCCAACAAACUUUGCUUCUUGCUGGAACAAAUAUUGGUGAUAUCACAAUUUGGGAUGUUGGAUGGAGGGAGAGGCUUGUUUCUCAAAGCUUCAAUGUUUGGGACGUUGAAUCAUGUUCAAUGGCCUUGCAGGCAUUGUUGGCUAGUGAUUAUACUGCAUCUGUAAACCGUGUGAUGUGGAGUCCUGAUGGUGCGCUUUUUGGGGUUGCAUAUUCGAAACAUAUAGUGCAAAUAUAUUCCUAUCAUGGUGGUCAUGAUUUGCGGAACCACCUGGAGAUUGACGCUCAUGUCGGUAAGGUUAAUGAUCUUAGCUUUUCACAUCCAAACAGACAACUCUGCAUCAUAACUUGUGGAGAGGACAAGACUAUUAAGGUGUGGGAUGCUGUCACUGGUAAUAGGCAGUACAGGUUUGAAGGGCAUGAAGCACCAGUUUACUCCGUGUGCCCUCAUCAUAAGGAAAACAUUCAGUUCAUAUUUUCAGCAGAUAUCAAUGGGAAAAUUAAGGCUUGGUUAUAUGAUAAUUUGGGUUCAAGAAUUGACUGUGAUGCUCCAGGCCAAUCUUGCACGACAAUGGCUUACAGUUCUGACAGGACAAGGCUAUUCUCAUGCGGGACUAGUGAAGAAGGGGAAUCAUACUUUGCUGAAUAGAAUGAAAGUGAGGGGGCUAUCAAGCGUGUAUAUAAUGGUCUUUGGAAGGGGUCUGUGGGGCUUGUGCAAUUUGAUACAAUGAAGAACCCGUUCCUAGCUACCGGUGACGAGUUUCAAAUAAAAUUUUGGGACAUGGACGAUGUUAACAUCUUUACAACUACUGCUUUAGAGGGUGGAUUACCAGUAAUGCCCAUGGAAGCCCUUUUCUUGAUGUGCUUGGAAGUAUUGUGAAGCCCUUCUUAUAAUCAAACAAUCUUUUCCACGAAUAUCUUUUAGUCUUCUCCUUGUAUUCGAUUUAACAAGGAAGGGAUACUGCUCGCAGUAUCAACAAGAGAGAAUGGAAUCAAAAUACUUGCAAAUGCUGAUGGUCUACAGCUUUUGCGUUCUAUUGAAAAUCAUGCAGUUGAUACCUCCAGAUGAUAGAAGACUUGUAGUUCAUGGGGCUUUUAUUGAAAGGUAUGUUUGUUUGUAAAGUUCAUGAGGUUGAGGACUCAUUUUCAAUCUCUUAUUAGUUAGGAAAUUCAAGAAGUCAAGGACUUUAUUAUGCAAUAGGGAUUUUUAUUAUGUUGUGUUAAUUAUUUUCAUGGAAUUUGAGAGGAUGUGUCUGUUAAAUUCAUUAAAUUGAGUACUUAAAUUCAGGUUCUUAUACCAGGUGGGGCAUUUUAGGUUU